UAUCUGUAAUAUAUUAUGAAAACAAAGUAUCAAAUAUAUAUAUAUGUAUAGAUACAUGUAAAGUAUCCAGUAACUAAUUUAUAUAUUUUUGAUUUUAUUAUUUCCUAUUUCCUUCUAUAUGAUAAAUUAAACGUUCAAGAAUAUUUAAUUGUAAAAUAUCGUUUUCUGGAAGACUUAAUUGUAAUUAUAAUUACACAUAGAAAGAAAUAUACUUUUAUGUCAUUUUUGCUUUCUUAAUAGAUAUGAAUACCAUGUAUUAAUUAAUAUUAAGUUGAAAAAUAAAGCAAUUCUUCUAAAUUAUACUGAAUGCAACACGCAUUCCUGGGUCAAAAUUAUUCACCCUGAUUACUCAAUACCUUGAAAAAGUAUGGUGUAUACGUGGGAGUUAAAAACAGGUUCUGUUGUCAAGUUGGAACACUGAUAUUUUCGAAAGUAACAGAGUGUAUACAGUUGAUUUUACAAUAAAAAUUUUUCUGUAAAUCGCAUGGAAUAAGAAUUUCCUCUUUAGAAAUGUGACCAGCAAUUUUCUAAACAUUUUUUUCUCAAAUGGCAUCCGUGAAUACCUGAGAUACAAUAUUUACCAAUUGUCUAUGGUGGUUCUCUUAUGGUGUUAGGUUAUAAAUAUUGUGCUCGUUUGAAAGAAAUCAUAGUUGAAAGAUAAAUAACGAGAUAGAAAAUGAAAAUUAUAAUUUCUUCCACGAUAUUCUCCACCGUUUGUAAAUCAACGGAAAUUCGGUGGACAAUGUGAAAUUUAAGCAAAAGUAUAACAAUGAAAUCUGUGUACAAAUUGUUUUUCUUGUGCCUUAUCUUUGUUGCUUUAAUAAUACUACUUAAUUUGACCAAUUUCUCAAACAAGAUAUACAAUGCACAAACCAAAGAAGCUGCCAUUCUCCCAAUACCAGCAAAAAAGAUCAUACCGCCCCCGAUAACAGGGGAAGUAACAAUAUGUGUGGUGGUGUGUGGGGACAGAUUGGAUGAAUCUCUGACUAUGCUUAAAUCUGCAUUAGUUUUCACAAGAAGACCCUUGCAGUUCAUUAUUCUAGCAGAGACUAAUAUAAUUCCUGCAUUCAACGAAAAGCUAACAGAAUGGAAGCUUAUAUCGAAUAAAACGUUUGACUUCGUAGUUAAACCUAUAACAUUCCCUGAGGGAAGCGAUGCAGCCAUGUGGAAGAAACUGUUUAAACCAUGCGCAGCUCAAAGAUUAUUUCUACCUACAGUUUUAAAUGACACAGAUGCUGUUUUAUACGUGGACACAGAUACCUUAUUCCUAGCUCCACCAGAGACAAUUUGGGACGAGUUUAAAAAGAUGAAUUCCAGUCAGCUGGCUGCUCUGAGUCCAGAACACGAAGAUCCUAAUACAGGAUGGUAUAAUAGAUUUGCAAAGCACCCGUAUUAUGGAAAAUUAGGUGUAAAUUCAGGCGUGAUGUUAAUGAAUUUGACAAGGAUGAGAGAAUUUAGGUGGAUAGAAUACGUGAUACCUAUACAUAAAGAAUAUAAAUUGAAGAUAACAUGGGGAGAUCAAGAUAUAAUAAAUAUAAUAUUUCAUUAUCAUCCUGAGAAGCUUUAUGUAUAUUCCUGCAGAUAUAAUUACAGGCCUGAUCAUUGUAUGUAUAUGCCUGUUUGUACCAAGGCUGAGAAAGAAGGUGCUUUGGUUUUGCAUGGUUCCAGAGGAACGUUUCAUUCUCAGAAACAGCCACCUUUCAGAGCAAUUUACCAAGCUAUGGAAGAAUAUCAAUUAAAUACAGAUCCCUAUGACUAUCUGUUGAUGCCAAUGAGAAGUUAUUUAGCUCUGGAACACAAAUCUAAUUGUGGAAAAGUAUGGAAAGUAUUUAUUAUUCAACCUGAAUUACAUCUAGGCCAGCAAUAAUAUUUAAGCGUUUUUUUUUUCUAAACUCAUAGAAUAUAAAGUACUCAUCAAAACAUUCGAAACAUUUAACAUACUAUACUGUGUAAGUAAGUAGUUCUGCUCCUUAACAUAAAUCCUAUACAUAGACUGAUCAUAUUCCAUAGUGCAUUUUCAUUUUUCUUUGUUAACAAGUGCGCUGUGAUUGUUACUGUUUUAUACAAUGUAUUACAUUAAAAAAACAAAAAAAGUGUGUUACUACAUCUUUAGCUAAGAUCUUUUUGACAAUAUUCGAAGAAAAAUUUUGACAAAGUUUUGAAAUACCUUUUUGUAUACUUAACAAGUGAAAAAAAGAAAUUGUUCUAGAAACAUGUGUACAGUUUAGAACCAUUGACAAAUUUUAUACAAACAUUCUUAUCUUAUUAUUUGAUAUGUUGUUUGUGAUACUUUUCUUAUAUACAAAUAAAAAAAAAAACGUUUAAACUCA